AAUGUGGUUGUGCAGGUUGUAUCACUCCUUGCUACUGUGGUGGAACAUUUAGUCACAGGCGAAACAAUGCAAAUGACCAGUGCAACUGAUCAUCGUUGUAGCAUGGAGUACUAUUUACAGAAGACAUACUACAAGACAGCAUCUUUAAUUUCAAACAGUUGCAAGGCUAUAGCUAUCCUUGCUGGUCAAACCGUUGAAGUUGGAAUGCUUUGUUAUGAAUACGGCCGAAAUCUGGGUUUGGCAUAUCAACUGAUAGAUGAUGUUCUUGAUUUCACUGGCACAUCAACGUCACUUGGAAAGGGCUCUUUAUCAGACAUUCACCAUGGAAUCAUUACUGCUCCUAUACUUUUUGCAAUUGAAGACUUUCCUCAACUGCGGGAGCUUGCUCAAAGAGGCUUUCAAAAUCCUGGUGAUACAGAAACUGUUAGUUUUUUGAAAUCUAUACUAAAAUUUGUUAUGUCAUUUCUUAUUCAUGAUUUUUGCCAAGAACACUGUCUUCUGAUGAAGUAGGUUUUCUAUUUAUGA